AAUCAGUUUGUUUACGUUUUCAGAGAGAGGUGCGAAACUGCGGAUUUGUUCCGGGAAAUAGAAUUCCUUUGCGGGGCGGUUCCGUGCGAUGAAGGUGUGCCGGGUGUGCUUGGCCCAGGAGCAGGAUCAGCAGCAGCAGCUGCUUGUGCAGUUUGAGUCAGUGUUUGCGGUUCGUGAGGGACAAAUUAUCGCCAACACGAUUAUGCUCUGCACGGGUGUGGAGAUUAAUUGCCAAGACGGCCUAACGCAGCUGGUUUGCGAAUUAUGUGUCGACGAAUUCUUAAAAUUUUACAAAUUGCGCCAAAAAUGCCUUGAAGCGGACGCUUUCCUACGACAAAACCUCAAAACGGAACACGUGGCUCCAACAAUCGCCCCAGAAACCAACGACGUCACCGGUCAAGCCUCAUCCGAGGACGAAGAGUACAAAAUCGAACUGCUGGACGUGGACCUGGAGGAUGAGUUCGGCAAACCUCCGCCGGAAGAGAUCCCCGAAGAAGGUCAGCACGAUUGGGUCGUCAUAUCGGAGGUUGAAGUCAUCAAGGCUGAGGUUGAAGAGGUGGAGGACCCUGCACGGAGACCUCGCAAGCGGCGGAAGGUGUUUGGAGUGGAUCGUCGUCAACCGGAGGGAAUGUUCUUCUGCUGUAGCUGUCCAGCGGAGGAAUUUGAUGGCGCGAGAGCGCUGGAGUUGCACCGAGAUGCCGUGCAUCUUAAGUAUCGGAUAGCGGACAACGUGAUUCGACCUUUCGAGUGCGACGUCUGCUUUCAACGGUUUUUAACCGAACGGCAUUUGGACCAGCACAAGACGAGGCCGUACAAAAAACGCGAAUUCGUUUGUACCUCUUGUGGCAACGCCUUCCUGGCCAGUAACACCCUGAAAAAGCAUGAGGAAAUCUGCGUGACGACCGAACGCAACUAUGCCUGUGACGAGUGCGGAAAGCGGUUCACCCAGGUCGGAUCACUCCGGAACCACCAAAAGCUGCACACGACCGCCAAAGCCUAUUCCUGUCCAAUUUGCGCCAAAACGUUCCUCAAAAAGUUCGAAGUGCCAAUCCACAUGGUCACCCACACCGAGGAACAACCCUUCCCCUGUGACCAGUGUCCGGCCCGAUUCAAGCGAAAGCAGGCCCUCCGCAAUCAUCAGCGCCACCACGCGAAUCCGACGCCCUUCAAGUGCGAUCUCUGCGACCAGUGGUUCAACAAUUUCAGCGCAAGAAAGUUUCACCGCCAAAAGGUUCACGAAGGGCUGGACCCCUUCCGUUGUUACCAGUGUGGGGCCAGCUUCGGACGGAAGAACCGCCUCGAGCAGCACGUAAAGCGGGCGCAUGCCGUUGCCUCGUGAGAGCUUGUUGAAUAAACCGUGGAGUAGUAGUGUAACUCGAA